CCCCUUUCUUCAGCUGACGUGAAAACAAAAGUCUCAUCGGAAGCUGAGCAGGUGAGGGGACAAAUUUCGUCAAGGCUCGAGAGAAGUUCCAAAACCCCGAUUCCGCCGAUAUCCCUGGAAGUUGACGACUUGGCAGGAGGCCACGCAAGCGUCUCAAUGCUCCUCCACGCUCUAAGAUGAAGUUAUGGAAAAGUGCUACUUUUGCCUUCGUGCUCUGUGGCGCAGCCCUGUCGCUCAUCCUCGUUAGAAACACGGCCACCACCGCCGCCGCCAGCAGACGGCCAAAAGCGAAGAGCAAACAGCAAGCCUCGUCGUUCUCCUCGCGCCAUCCGUCAUUCUCAGGAAGUCCGUCGUCCUUGCCGGCGGCCACCCUCGCCGGCGCUCUUCAUCGGAGGACGCGCUCAGCAGACAACAUGAACUCCCUACUCUCGGAGUUGUCCAUGAUGUUCCAGAGCUUCACCAAAGGCGAGCUUCAGCACGUGGUGGGGACUUUGCUGGACGGCAAGAGACAGAAAAAGCGCGAUCCCAGCCAGACUCGAAGGACUAAAAGAGCCCGGCGGGCCAAGCCGUGCUCGGUGAGGGAACUGGAGCUGACGGUGAGCGAGCUGGGCCUGGGCUACGACAGCGACGAGACGGUGAUGCUGCGCUACUGCAGCGGCAAGUGCGCGGCGCAGAGGCGCAACUACGACGUCACCAUGGAGCACAUGAUGAGGACGGGCUUCCGCAAGAAGGAUCGCAAGGACAAGGUGAGCGUCGGCCCCUGCUGCCGGCCCACCGCCUUCGAGAAGGACUUCUCCUUCCUGGACAAUCGCAGCCGCUACCACACCAUACAGAACAUUUCGGCCAAGAACUGCGGCUGCGUAUAGCCCCGCCCCCCGGGGGAAGACCCACCCACUUCUUCGCGCUGCUCUAAGCUCUUCUCACCAGGGGAAACUACGGAAUACAAACUCAAGAUCAGGAUUACGUUCAGGAAGCUAACUGCUCAAGGGACAAGCGGCCAGACUGUGACUGCUAUCCACAAUUUUUUUUUUUUGUUUUUUGUAUUCGCUUUUUCUAUCUGUGUAGUAACACUGUAAACAACGGUGUCCAAGCUAUGUCGCGACGUGACGCAUUGUCGUCAUUCCCCCGACGACGAACGUCCCGAGUCAUCCCGAAUCGCAAAUAGCGCAAACCCGAAUAGCUUUGGCGACAUGAGCCCCGAGCGGGUGCGAAACUGCCACCAAAAUUGGGCAACACGUUAUCGCAACAAACAUCGGCAGCAGACAGUUUUGUUUUUUGGACAUUUUCACACAGAUCAACAAUCCAAGAAGGCUGCGCUCGCUCCAAUUCACAUUUUCACUCAAAGUCGUCAAGAAGCUAACCGGGAAUACUGCUGCUUUGGGUUUUCGGCUUCCACAACUUUCAACCAAUUUCUUAACAAACCUAACAGGAUUAUUUCAUGUUUGGUCAAACCAAGUCAUGAUCCGACUCUCCUAAGAUGGGCCCCGGUAGCUCGUCAAUGCUAAUCAUUGCACCAGCGCUUAUGCUAACCUGAACCAAACCACAUGUCGCGUUGUGCGGGAAAAAAGUCCUAUUUUUCCUCAUCGCAGCUCAUUCCUCAAGAAGUGUUCUUCAUUCGAGCAACGGCAAAGUCACGUAUUUGUUGUACACCACUCAAAUUAUUUGAUUUAUUGAGCUGAGCAACACUCGAUUCAUUCUGAGUCCAUAUCCGGAUCACCCGAAGUUGGGUUUAAAGUAACGUCGCAUAUUUCCUGUCCCCAAACUAUUUCAUUUCUGAAGUCGAGGAAUUAUCUAUCGAUUUUGAACAAUAUCAAAAGGCGCAUGUGCAACACAACAGAGUCGAAAUAUUAUUUGAAUGUUGGAUACGCGCACGCACAAGGGAGUCCUUGUCAAGAGAACAACUUGCUGGUACAAGCGAGCUCCGUGUUUUUGACACUUUCCAUCGAGCGAAAGAGCAAAAGAGGAUUUGGAGUGCAGAUGACAUCGAAGGAAUGUGCCGCAGAAACAAUUAAAACAAUUCGGGCCUCCUCGCUACAAGUGAAUGACUCAUUCGCUUGGCAGCAAUUAAA